AUGCCUGCUUCAAAACCUAGGAUCCUCAUCCCGGGUGGUGCCGGAUACAUUGGCUCGCACGUCGCUCUUGUUACCCUCCUUACUCGCAAAUACCGCGUUACUGUCCUCGACAAUUACCACAACGCCUUCCCUGCGGCCGUCAAGCGUCUCGAGCAAAUCGCCCUUGACCAACUCCCCUCCAACGCUUCCCAGCAAGACAAAGACGAUUGCAAAGUCGACAUCUUCAAAGGUGAUCUCCGAUCUAAGGAGGAUAUCCGCAAAGUCUUUGAAUCCUACUCCGGCCAAGAAAAGAUCUGGUCGGUCAUCCUCUGCGCCGCUCUCAAGGCUGUCGGUGAGAGCUCCGAGAUCCCUAUCGACUACUACGACGUCAACGUCGGUGGUCUGGUCAACCUCCUCAAAGUUAUGCAUGACAAUGGAUGCAACCGACUCGUCUACUCUUCUUCCGCCACCGUCUAUGGUACCCCUCCCAAGGUUCCCAUUCCUGAAUCCACCCGCCUCGCACCUGAGUCGGUCUACGGCCGAACCAAGUGGAUGAGCGAAAUCAUCAUCCGCGACGUCUGCGAUGCUUAUCCCGAAUUUCGCGCCAUCGCUCUUCGAUACUUCAACCCCGCCGGUGCUCACAAAUCUGGCAAGAUCGGCGAGGAUCCUCGUGGCAAACCUGGAAACCUUCUCCCUCUUCUCGCUCAGAUGGCCGUCGGAAAGUACCGCCAAGGUGGACUGAAGGUGUUCGGAAACGACUACCCGACUCCGGAUGGAACCUGCGUUCGAGACUACAUCCACAUCGAAGACCUCGCUGCAGGUCACGUCAAUGCGGUCCAGGCUCUCGACCAAGACGACGUCUUUGCUCAAGACAAGUUGGAGACAAAGGGUAAAUACAGAGCUUUCAACCUGGGUAAAGGCGUAGGCAUGUCGGUGUUGAACAUGGUCGAUGCUAUGAGGAAGGUGAGUGGAUACGAGUUCCCUCAUACCAUCGUGGCUAGGAGGACGGGUGAUGUUCCUGAUUUGACCGCUGAUCCUAGUUUGGCCGAGAAAGAGCUGGGUUUCAAAGCGACGAGGACGUUGGACGAUAUGGCCGAGGAUUUGUGGAGGUGGCAGAGUAGUAAUCCUCAGGGUUAUGGUGAGCAGUAG